AUGGGACCCAAGAAACAUAAAAAACACAAACGCGAACGUCACGAAGAAGAACUUUAUUCGACGCCGGAUAAACCAACACUGAAGCUAAUUCUUAAAGUAGGUGGUAACAGCGGUACUCCUGAAUACGGAAGCGAUUCACCAAAUUCAUCAGCAAUGCUGUCUCAACAGUACCAGCAGCUGGGUAUGAAUUACUCAGUGACCCAAAAUGAGUCCGAGUACGAAAAGUACGUGAGCGCUCAUAAGAAAUUGAAGAAAAAGAAAAAGAAGAAGGAUAAACGUCACAAACACCAUCACAAGGACAAGAAACGUCGCCGAGAAGAGUCAAGUCAGGAGUCUGUUGGUGACGUCGAUGAAAGUUUUAUGGAGGUACCUAAAAAAUUAGCUACUAAUCACCACUUAGCACCACCAAAGGUUGGUUCUGGCUCAGAACAGAGGGUAGGACUCAGCACGAGCUCGUUGUCACCUCAUCGCGAGCCACGGACUUGUGUUUUGAAAAAAAUAGCUGAACGUACUCCGUUGCAGCGACUUUUAGAGCAUUUAUUGCGGUCUAUGGAGAAGCGUGAUCCUCAGCAAUUUUUUGCCUGGCCGGUGACUGAUAGUAUCGCGCCUGGUUACUCGUCAAUUAUUAAAAGUCCAAUGGAUUUUAGUACGAUAAAGCAAAAAAUUGACGAUAAUAACUAUCAAAACUUGAAUGAAUUUAUUGAUGAUUUUAAGCUGAUGUGCGAUAACGCCAUGAUUUACAAUCAUUCAGAGACUAUUUAUUACAAAGCUGCAAAAAAAUUAUUGCAUGUUGGUCUCAAAAUGGUGACGCCUGAAAAAUUGCGUCAAUUGAGGCCGGUCUUAACUUAUAUGCAUGAUAUUGCUAGAGAUGAAUUAGGAUUUGAACUUGGGGUUGAGGAUCCCAACAAUCCAGACACUCUGGUAACUGAGGAGCAGAUUGAGAAAGAACGUGAACAAGAGGAACGUAAUGAAGAAGCUGAGGAAAUGAGAAAAGAAAAUCAGCGUAAAAUGCGUCUCGCUAGUCUCGGUAAGUUCGAAGCUGUGCCGGAUGAUCUCACACCUGAAGAAAUACUCAAACAAGCACGCGGGGCCGCUAAAGCUGCUUCGGAUAAAUUAACUAUGAAACGACUUAACUCUAAAAUGGGUUUUCUUAGACAAAAGAAAGACGGUACAACAAGCUUACAAAUAAUUGUUCAUGGAGAUGGAGUAAUUCCUGGUACAAAUCAACGACCGGUAUCACUCGGUCAAUUAAUUGGUAAACUAAGCCACGGUACUGGCGUACUUGCAGGUUUCCGCGAAGACCGUCGAAAUAUGUCUAAGCCCGUAAAGUCACUUUAUUACGGUGCUUUUGGUUCUUAUGCACCGAGUUACGACUCUACUUUUGCAAACCUCACUAAAGAAGAAACAGAAUUAGUUUAUCAGACUUAUGGUGAUGAAACUGCUGUACAGUACGCUGAAUCAAUACUUGAUUUUGCGAAAGACUGCGAUUACACUCUUACCAUGGUUGAUGAUUUGUUGGAUAUACUUACCGGUGGUGAUCAUAGAAAAACUAAAAAACUACUUGAAGAAAAACGGAGGCUCAAAGAAGAGGAGAAGAAAAUAGACCAUUUGUUAGAAAAACCGUUUAAUGAUUUCGAUAAAAACGGGCAAGAUAAAGUUAAAGUUGAUAUGGAUCAGCUCAAAACUUUAUCUGAAUUAGGGAUCGAUGUUAACUUUUUAGAUGAAUUGGAGGAUGACGUGAAGUCAAAUGAAGAUCGUACGAUACUUCAAAGCCGAUUAGACGAGACAUCUCAAAUGUUGGGACAAUUGCGUCAAGCUCAACAUGACAGGUUAUCAGGGCCUCCGCCUGCUCACUUGUCAAACAUACCGAAAGCACCCGAGAGUGAAGUCAAUCUUGCCGAAAAGAUAUCUGAAAAUUUAACGGAGAUAGCCAAGAAAUUGCCGCCAUCAGCGAUCGCACCGGUUGAUGGCCUGCGUCGCGCGAUGGGAAUAGCCCCAGUUGGCGGCCCAGAGCCUAUGGAAGUGGAUCCAAUCACUCAUAAUCCAACGAUAGUAGCUGAAAACGAUCUCCUAAACCAAACAAAUUCUGAUCAAACCGCUAGUUCUGUUGCUAUUGGUAGAGCUGGUGCCGGUUCAGCUGCUACAAAUUUAUUAGCUCGUACUUCACCUAUUCAAGCGGGUAUUGUCAACGCUGAUGAACAAACAAGUUCAACAAUAGGUCUGGCUACAACAACACAAACUCCAAUGCAAAUUCAAAUCGGUUUAACGCCUAAUCAAACAACUUUGAUGGCCAAUAAUGAGUCGACUGGUGUUCCGGAUCUUGAAUCUGAAUUACGUGAAUUUUUGGAAAGUGAUCCGACUCUUGGACAUUCACCGUUGCACGAUGAUAAAACCUUAGAAGAUAUUUUAUCCGAGUCUUAA